AUGGGUUUAACGUAUGAAGAUUAUAUUGUUUUGGGGAAUACUAACGCUGAAGAUUGGGCAAAUUAUUGGGCCGAAGGUGAUACAACCUGGGUAAGCGACAAGUGUAAUCCUUAUUUAAUCAAAUAUUAUCAAUCUUAUUUGGCUUGCGAUCAACCAUCGACAAUUUUCGUACCAUUAUGCGGUAAAACACAAGAUAUGCUUUGGUUAGCUAGAAAUGGUAAUCGAGUCAUUGGUGUUGAAAUGGUGCCACAGCCAUGCAUUGAUUUUUUUAACGAAAAUAACAUUGAAUAUCAUGUUGAAAAGCUGCAAGGUAUGGGUAACAGCAAAGUAUAUCGAAGCCAAGCCGAAGGGUUAGACAUUACUAUUUACAAUUGCGAUUUCUAUGAAUUGACAGCGGAGUUAUUAGGUUGUCAAUGCGAUCGCUUUUGGGAUCGUGCUGCUUUUUUUGCCAUUAACCCGGAUCAGCAUCCCAAAUAUAUUAAACAAUUGAUGUCACUGUUGACUCCUGAUGCACAAGGAAUAUUAUUUACGGUGGAAUACGAUAUCGAUCAACGUCCUGAUGUAUCGUCGCCAUUUUGUAUACCUGAGAGUCGAUUGUCUGAAAUCUUAUCACCCAUUGCAAGUGUGAAAUUUUUAGAAUUGAUAAGUAUGCCUCGAUCUUGGUAUGGCCACUUGAGUUUAAAUUCUAUGGAUGGUAAAUUUUACUAUCUGAAACUUAAAUAA